GUCUGUGGGCGUUAUCGGAGCUGGACUGGUCGGUGCGUUGGUGGCACUUGGUCUUGCCAAGCAAGGGUAUAGUGUCACACUCUAUGAUCUUCGCUCGGAUCCAAGAACCGCCAAGAAGACGAGCCUACGCUCAAUCAAUCUGGCUGUUAGUGAGCGAGGUAUCCGGGCCUUGAGAUACGUAGAUGAGGAAAUGGCCAAGCGAGUGUUAGACGGAAUCAUCCCCAUGUAUGGCCGGAUGAUUCACGACCUGGAUGGAAACCAGGAAUCCCAGUUGUAUGGACUUUUCGGGGAGGCCAUCAACUCCAUUGACCGCAAAAAGCUGAACCAGAGCCUGAUUGAAGAAAUUGAGCUUUUCAAUUCAAGCGCAAAAUCCAAGAUUGAGCUGAUCUUUGAGGCCAAGGUCACCAGUGUGCGAGUGAAUGGCGGAGUCACCAUCGAUUACGUCCAUGAUGGCGAGCCUCAAAGAGACCACAAAGAUUUCGUGGUGGGUGCGGACGGCACUUACUCAGUGGUGAGACAAAGCCUGCAGAAGCUAAUCAGAAUGAACUACAGCCAGGAGUAUAUUGACAUGUGCUACCUGGAAAUGUACAUUCCUCCAGGCCCAAAUGGUAGCUUCCGGAUCGACCCCAAUAGACUGCAUAUCUGGCCACGCAAGACGUUUAUGCUGAUUGCCCUGGCCAACCAGGAUGGAUCGUUCACGUCUACGUUUUUCGGUCCCUGGGAGUUGGUGGAGUCGCUCCAGCAGCCCAAGACAAUUGAGUUCUUCUUCAAGAAAAACUUCAAGGAUGCCAUUCCGCUGAUUGGCCUCGAUAAAAUUAUCGAGUGUUUCACCACGUAUCCGCGGGGUGCGCUGAUGCAAGUGAACUGCAGCAGAUACAACUUCCAGGAUAAGUGUAUUAUUAUUGGCGACGCAGCUCACUCAAUGGUGCCUUUCUAUGGCCAAGGGAUGAACUGUGGGUUUGAGGAUGUGCGGAUCUUGCUAGAGCUGCUUGAAAAAAAUGGACGCGAUAGACAAGCCGCCUUCGACUCGUAUACGGAGACAAGGGCUGAAGACCUUAAGGCAAUCCUGAAACUCGCGCUGAGAAACUACCACGAGAUGUCGAGCGACGUGACUUCUUCCCUUUAUCUGUUUAGAAAGAAGUUGGACGGUGUUCUGGGCAGAUUGAUGCCGCAGCACUGGAUUCCGCUCUACACUAUGGUGUCCUUCAGAUCGGACAUCAGCUACUCGGACGCUGUCAGGUUUAGCCAGAAGCAGCAGCGAAUCCUCAAAUGGGCCGAAUGGGGCGCCGUGGGCUCAAUUUUGGCAGGCGGUGCACUGUAUCUAGCCAGAAGAAGUAAGUAGAUAACACACGGGCUUCUGACAAAUUCUCGUGCUUCGAUUGGGCCGAAAAAAAAUUAAAAUAGCGGCCCGUUACCGGCUGCGAUAUGCACGAUGUCCGGAGCCGGCGUGACUCACACAUCGACCCCCAAAACCCUUUACGACAAGGUGUUUGAGGACCAUAUCGUCUACAAAGACGAUUCGGGCUCAUAUUUGAUUUAUAUUGACAGACACUUGAUCCAUGAAGUGACCAGUCCACAGGCCUUUGAAGGUCUCAAGACAGCAGGCAGAACAGUCAGAAGACCAGACUGCACCCUUGCCACCGUCGACCACAACAUCCCAACCGACUCCAGAAAGAACUUCAAGAGCCUUGACACUUUCAUCAAGCAGGAUGACUCCAGGGUGCAGGUGCAAACUCUGGAAGACAACGUUCGAGACUUUGGUUUGACCUACUUCGGAAUGACCGAUUCCAGACAAGGUAUUGUCCACGUUGUUGGUCCUGAACAAGGAUUUACGCUUCCUGGUACCACGGUGGUCUGCGGUGACUCACAUACUUCAACCCACGGUGCCUUUGGCGCGCUCGCCUUUGGUAUAGGUACUUCGGAGGUGGAACACGUUUUGGCCACCCAGACUUUGAUCCAGGCCAAGUCGAAAAACAUGAGGAUUACCAUCGAGGGUAAGCUUUCUCCAGGCGUCACUUCGAAGGACUUGGUUCUUCAUGUGAUUGGUGUGAUCGGUACCGCAGGAGGUACUGGUUGCGUGAUCGAAUUUGCUGGUGAGAGUAUCAGAGACCUUUCCAUGGAGGCCAGAAUGUCGAUCUGUAACAUGGCGAUCGAGGCUGGUGCAAGAGCUGGUAUGAUCCAGCCUGACGAGACCACCUUCAACUACAUCAAGGACCGUCCUUUGGCUCCAAAGGGCGAAGAAUGGGACAAAGCUGUGAGCUACUGGAAGACUCUCAAGACAGACGAGGGAGCAAAGUUCGACUACGACAUCAAGAUCAAGGCAUCUGACAUUGUUCCAACGAUCACCUGGGGUAAUUCUCCUCAGGAUGCGCUUCCCAUUACAGGCAAGGUGCCGGACCCGGCAAAUUUCACCGACCCAAUCACCAAGAAGGGUGUUGAGGCUGCUUUGAAAUAUAUGGGUCUGGAGCCUAACACUCCAUUGCAGGACAUUACUGUCGACAAGGUGUUCAUUGGUUCCUGUACAAACUCGCGUAUUGAAGACUUGAGAGCUGCUGCCAAGGUGGUGAGAGGCCACAAGAAGGCAGACAACGUGAAAAUGGCCAUGGUGGUGCCGGGAUCCGGAUUGGUGAAAAAACAAGCCGAGAGAGAAGGGCUUGACAAAAUCUUCGAGGCAGCUGGAUUUGUCUGGAGAGAAGCUGGUUGCUCCAUGUGUCUUGGUAUGAACCCUGACAUUUUGGCACCAUACGAAAGAUGCGCCUCCACAUCCAACAGAAACUUUGUGGGAAGACAGGGUGCCUUGUCCAGAACACACUUAAUGUCACCAGCUAUGGCUGCAGCUGCUGGUAUCACUGGCAAGUUCACAGAUAUCAGAAACUUUGUGUACAACGAGGAUCCUGCACAGCCGAAGAUCAAGCUCGACUCCGAGGAUGAGAGCUCUGCUCUUCAGAACGCCGUCUACAAUCACGAAAAGGAGCCGCUUGCCCCAGGAGAGUCAGAGGACGAGGCCAUUGACGACCACAUCAACGAUGUGCCUCCUUCUGAUCACGUGACAAAGCAAACCGUGGACGCCAAGGAAGAGCCACCAGCGAAGGCCAUUGCUAUGCAAAAGUUUCUCACCUUGACCUCAAUUGCCGCUCCUCUUGACAGAGCAAAUGUUGACACCGACGCCAUCAUUCCUAAACAGUUCUUGAAGACGAUCAAGAGAACCGGCCUGAGAGCAGGUUUGUUCUACGAGUCGAGGUUUGUCAAGGAUGAGAACGGAAAUGACGUGCCGACUGAUUUUGUGCUCAAUGUGGAGCCAUACACCAAAGCCCAGAUCUUGUGUGUGACAGGAGACAAUUUCGGCUGCGGUUCUUCGAGAGAACAUGCGCCAUGGGCUCUCAAGGACUUUGGCAUCAGAUCGAUCAUUGCCCCAUCGUUCGGUGACAUUUUCUAUAACAACUCGUUCAAGAACGGUCUUUUGCCAAUCAGAAUUCCGCAAGAUGUGAUAAAGGAAAAGAUUUACCCAUUUGCCGUCGAAAAGAAGGAGAUCACUAUCGAUCUGCCUAACCAGCAAAUUUUGGGACCUAACAAGGAGGUUCUCGUCGAGAAGUUCGAAAUUGAAGACUUCAGAAAACAUUGUUUGGUGAACGGUUUGGAUGAUAUUGGUAUCACUUUAGAGAAAGAGAAGUACAUUUCUGCUUUCGAAGAGAAGAGAAAACAAGUGUUUUCUUUCUUGGAAGGCGGAUCCAAACUCAUUGUUCCUGUGAAGGGUACUAAAAAGUCCAAGUACGGAGUUAAGGCCCAGGAAUGGUGA